GAGGUGGCUGGCACUUUGAAAUUCAUAUGCUGCCGAAAUGAUGGGGUGGACGAACAUAUGAUAUGGCUGGUGGGGUUGAAGAACAUCUUUUCACGGCAGCUGCCCAACAUGCCCAAAGACUACAUUGUGCGCCUCCUGCUCGACCGAACGCACAUGUCAAUGAUGCUCAUCAAGGCAGGCACCGUCGUUGGUGGCAUCACAUACCGCCCCUACCCCUCGCAGCGGUUUGGGGAGAUAGCGUUUUGUGCCAUCACAGCCACAGAGCAGGUGAGGGGGUACGGCACGAGGCUGAUGAAUCACCUCAAGGCGCAUGCGAGGGAUGAGGACGGGCUGCGAUACUUCCUCACCUACGCUGACAACAACGCUGUUGGAUACUUCGUCAAGCAGGGAUUCACAAAGGAGAUCACCAUGCCUAAAGUGCAAUGGGAGGGGUACAUAAAGGACUAUGACGGGGGCACGCUGAUGGAGUGUGUGUUGGAGAAGGGGCUGCCCUACACCACCCUGCCCGCCGUGCUGCUCAAGCAGCGCCAGGCGAUAACGGAGCGAAUGCGCCAGGUAGCGCGCAGCCACGUGGUGCACCCCGGGCUCGACUUCCCGCGUGACUCCUGGGGUGUGCCGCGCCGCGCUCUCAGGCUGGGCGACAUCCCCGGGCUGGCGGAGAGCGGGUGGACGCCCGAGAAGAGUGGCGCGAAUAAGAUCCGACUGGUGCAGGUGGCGCCAGAUGGGACAAAGGAUGUCAGCCGCGACGGGCCGCCCACCAAGGCCCAGCUGCACAACCUGAUGAAGCAGAUGCACCGGGCGGUGAUGGAGCAUGCGGACUCGUGGCCGUUCAAGGACCCAGUGGACGGCAACGAGGUGCCCGACUACUACGACAUCAUCAAGGACCCCAUCGAUCUCAAGACGAUGCAGAAGCGGCUGGAGGCGGAGAGCUUUUACCUGACGAUUGAUAUGUUUGUGGCUGACAUGCGCCGCAUGACCGCCAAUGCGCGCACCUACAACGCACCCGACACCAUCUACUUCAAAUGCGCCAACAGGCUGGAGAAUUUCCUUCUCAACAAGCUCAAGGCCUCCGUGCGCCUGCACCACGGCUGA